UUGGUGGAUCUUCUUGAAGGAUGCCUGGCCAGGAGGCUGAGGACUCUGGAGCAGAAAUGCAGUGGGAAAAGUCACGGAUGAUCCCUGGGCUGCCCCCGUACCACAUGGAUGAGCAGCUCCUGCCCGGGCAGCCCCGCAGCCCCUGCUGCUGCCUGGCCUGGACCCUGCUGAUAGGAACCAUGAACUCCCUGCUCUUCCUCCUGAAUCUGCUCCUGAUGUUUGUGAUCUUCACCGUCGUGCUGCUUCCCACCAUCGUGGUGGUUUACUUUGGCUUCCAGUGCCACUCCCAGGUGCUGCACUCCUCUGCCAGCUACUGCAAGAGCGUCCUGGAUGACAACAGCUCCUCUGCCCUCAUCAUCCUGGGCUUUGUCAUCAUGUCCCCUCUGCUGGUGGUGGCCAUGGCCAUUUACUGCAGCCUGGCCCGGCGCCUGCAGCUGCUGGUGUGCUGCCAGCCCUACAGCCUGGCCCUGUACAAGGGGGGCCGCUGGUGCCACCGUGGGGAGGGGGCUCUGUGCUGUGCCAGGGGCUGCAGCAGCCAGCUCAAGGCCUGGGUGUGACCCUGCAACACCAGCUGUGUCCCCUCCCUGUGCCUUGUCCCCAUCCUCAGCCCUCCCUGGGGAGCUGCUCGGCCGGGUCGCCUUGUGCUUCAUCCUAAAAAUCCCAGGGCAGCUUCAUCCUCCCAAAUCCUCCUGUGCUUCAUCCUAAAAAUCCCAAAAAUCUGCAAGAGAGGGAAAACACAGUGUGGGACAGGUGUGGGGUGGGCAGGGCAGAUUAAUCCUCCCAAAUCCUCCUGUGCUUCAUCCCAAAAAUCCCAGGGCAGCUUCAUCCUUCCAAAUCCUCCUGUGCUUCAUCCCAAAAAUCCCAGGGCAGCUUUACCUUGUGCUUUAUCCCAAAAAUCCCAGAGCAGCUUCAUCCUUCCAAAUCACCCUCUGGUUUAUCCCAAAAAUCUGUAACAGAGUGGAAACACAGCUUGGGACAGGUGUGGGGUGGGCAGGGCAGAUUCAUUGUCCCAACUGCUCUCUGCUGUUGUUUUUGGUGGUGUUUUUGGUGUUGUUCCUGCUCAUCACUCCCUGCUGUCCCCGGGGUUUGUCCCCUCUAGAGCCAUUCCCAGUUUUCUGUAGAAAUAAAGUUUG